AUGACCUCCCUAAACCAAGACCAAAUAAAAGCCCUCGAGCAAUCCCGCCAACGUCUCGUCCAAUUAACCCACUCCCUAAGCUCCCUGAUCACCAGUAUAAACACCAGCGAUCCGCUUCCCUCAUGGUCCUCCCUCCAAUCCCAAGCAACAAUCAUCUCCAACAAUCUCAUCACCGUCUCCGAGCACCUAACCGACCAAAAAGAUCUCUUCAACUCGCUCGUCGCGUACCCAGGUCCCGACUACCCGUCCCGCACCCAAGGCCCCGCCCUCGAACAACUCCUGCGCACGAAACUCGAUCCUCGUGUUGAAGACUGGGUUUCGCGCGGGCGGACCACGGGGCAGAAAUCGCGGUCGCAGACACAGGUCGGGGGCCGGGAACUGAGCGAGGGGGAUUUGGCGGAGUUGUGGGCGUGGGCUCCCGUGGAGGCGAAUCAAGAGGCUAGGAGACGGAAUUGGGGUGGGAAUUUUACGCUGGAGGAGAAGGAGGCGGGAAUUGAGAAUGUUGUUACGGGGUUGAGGAGGGAGUUGGAGGAUGAGGAUGAGAGUGAGGAGGAAGAGGAAGAGGAGGAGGAUCAGAUGGAUAUUGUGGGGGCGAGGAAGAAGGCUUCUGGGGGUGGGUUGGAGUUUGAUAUUGCUGCGAGACAGCCCAGUCAGGUGGCUGCUGCUGCUGGGCCGAUGAUGCCGUUGGAUGAUGUGUUGAGGUUUAUGACGACUGGUUUGCCGCCGAAGCAGCGGUAA